AGAAAAGCAGAUUCACAGACAACAGCGUUUCUACUGCGCAAGCACUGGGUCUUAUACAGCGUGACCCCUCUGUAUAAGUUCUCUAGCGCUCAUCUGAAAGUUUACGCUAAACUGUUGAGUGCGUUUAUCGCUGCCGAGAAGCAGAAGGGGCUGGCGGUGGAAGUAGGGGUUGAGCUGGACAUAAAAGUGGCUGUCACCAGCCUUCCAGACCUGAAAGGUAGUGACCAAGACGAGGCUGCAAUUCUCGUGCAGCUUUCUUUGAGAUCACAAGCUUCCCAAAAAAAGUCAGAAGAGAAACUGGUAUGGUCGGGCUGGUUCUGCUCUGUGUGUGGAGAUGAUCUUUCCAAGAACAUGCCAGAGGACUUCACUUGUUUACCGGUGUUCCUUGCUAAUGGGGCAGAAAGUUACACAUCCAUUGUUGGAAGUUGGUUUCAGAAGACUUUUGACUGCUGCUUCCACCGUUUAGCUAUCAGCCCUCUCAAUCUCAGUUGGAUGGCAGCUAUGUGGACUGGAUGCAAGGUGGAUGAAACUGCAUCUGCCAUGGAACUUGUUUUCUCUGUCCCGCAUCUGCCCCAGUCUCUGGAUAUUUUAUAUGCCAUUCAUCCAGAGGAUGCAAAAGCUCUGUGGGACACAGUCCAAAAAACUCCAGGAGAGAUAACUCAAGAAGAAGUGGAUGUCUUUAUGGAUUGCCUUUACUCUCACUUCCACAGACACUUUAAGAUUCACUUGUCAUCUACAAAACUGGUGAAAGUUUCUACAGCAAUUGCCUCAGCACAUUGUGAUGGGAUUAUAAAGUUUCUACAAAGCCAGUAUGUAAUUGAAGUGCUGAUGCUACUGACAGAACUAGCAAUCUCUCAGAUACAGUGA